GAGCUCAGCGCGCAGGCUCCGCAGUGACGUCACGGAGGCGCGACUGGGCCGGCGCUGGGGUAAGGAGCCUGCUGAGGGAUGCCCAAGAAGUUCCAGGGUGAGAACACCAAGUCGGCAGCGGCCCGGGCACGGAGGGCAGAGGCCAAGGCGGCCGCUGAUGCCAGGAAGCAGAAGGAGCUCGAGGAUGCCUACUGGAAGGACGACGACAAACACGUCAUGAGGAAGGAGCAGCGCAAGGUGCGUGCGCACCGAGCCCCCGUGGCCCCUAUGUCAAUGUGGGUGAAUAGCAAGAGGCGCCCCCAGCUCCCGUGGCCCACGUGCGCGUGGGUGAGCCUGUGGCCCCUAUGUCAAUACGGGUGAAUAGCAAGAGGCCCC